UCUAUUUUCCCGAUAUGAAACGCAUCAGUCCGACCAAUGGUAGCAGACCUACCGGUGCUGGAGAGGGGCCGAGACCUCAGGCACCGCCACAGGUCUAUAAACCAUCGGUGCGCCCAUUGAUAGCCCUCCAGAAGCCUAAUUAUAAACAUAAUAAACAGCACGUGUCGCCCAAACCUGUUGUACCGCAAAUACCGCCACCCAACGCGCAGUACGUGCCCCUCAGUUUGCCCCCCAUAGCCGGCCAACCAUACCACGGACCCCCGCCCUACCUGUUCUCCUACCCGAGCCCUCACCAAGGGUUUGGUAACUUUCCUAUAGGUCCAAUAAGGCCAUUUGAUCAGGUUUUUCGACCUCCACCCCCACCGCAAUCGCCAGCUAAUGUGUCGCCCGUCCAAUACAUGCCCAUCCCGUUGGACAGCGUACAGCAGCCCCAACAUCACACGGGCGGAGGGGGCGGUACAGAUGCUCAGUCAUCGCCCAUAGACAAUCUGCACGCCGGUUUCGUACCCAUGCUCAUCAAAACUGCCAACCAGUCCAUUGUGAAACACUUUGAGCACAAGUCCCAACACAACACACCGUCCAGACAGGGCGUAUUGGCCCCAGGUGCAAUUGGCAACACCGGGUCCGACAACUCUGGCACUUCUAACCCGUUUUCAAAAAACAAUUCGGUGCCAUUCGCGCCCACAUUCCGCGCGCCCAGUCCUGACUUCAGCGGGUUUAAUAUAUCUCGGUACGGUGAGUUGGCACCUAGCUCAAAACUGGGCGCCGGUAUGCGACCGAUACAGCUCACCAAACCCCUGGUGCCAAUCAAUAAGCACCCGAACACAGUGGCCGCCGAUCGUGUAAACAUACCGUUGCGGUAUAGACUGAAACCCCAGGCACAGGACGCCCCCGUCUAUCAACCCGGCGCUGGAAGUGGUGGUGGUAAUCGGCUGUCAGGUGCCGGUCAUCCUUAUGGCCAUUAUUUGGACGACUCGUACGAUCCGAACGAAGAGUAUAUGAUUGCCGUCGAGAGGGGCUCACAAUCGGCCGAAUCCCAGAGCACUCACACUGUUAUGAACGCAUCCGUUCAGGACUUCAAUCGUCUUAAUUAUAACGUAACA